AUGAUAUGGAUCGAAAAGUACAGGCCAAAAUCAUUUGACCGUGUAGUCGGGCGGGAGGAGAUUUCAAGCGUCCUGAAGAGCUACACUCUUGAAACAAUCCCUCAUAUGAUACUGCAUGGAAGGUCCGGGUGCGGGAAGAAAACAACACUCCUGUGCCUAGUUAACCAUCUGUACGGAGGAAGCCCUGAGACGAAGGUCAGGACAGUGGAGGUUGUGAGCGGAACGAAGAGGAUAGAGGUGUCAUACAUGGAGUCUGACGAGUAUGUUGAGAUAUCACCGUCUCAAUACGGUCAUCACGACAAGGCUGUCAUACAAAGCAUAAUCAAGGAGAUGGGGCAGACAAAACCAAUACUGUCAAUGCUCGGAGGAGCCAAGAAGGCGCCGAUCAAGCUUAUUGCCAUAACCUCUGCAGAAGAGCUGACCCUGGAAGCACAGGCAGCACUGAGAAGGACGAUCGAAAUGUACAGCUCUGUCCUCCGCGUUGUACUUAUAUGCAACGAACUCUCAAGACUGAUAGAACCAAUAAGAAGUAGGUGCUUCUUUCUGAGGAUCCCGAGCUUUUCCGACGGAGAUAUAAUGUCGAACAUGUGCAUGAUAUCGGAAAAGGAAAACUAUGCCGUACCAAAAGAAAGACUUGAGGAGAUAUGCAGGGCGUCGGAGGGAAAUAUGAGAAGGGCCCUGUGCAUUCUUGAGCUACUCUGCUUCAAUAUGAAUGACAAGGAGACAAAAAGGCUAAAGGAUAAUGGCAAAGAUUUGAGACUUGAUUGGGAACUAGCCGUCACUGGAAUUACAAGCAUAAUCAAGUCCAACCAGACGCCCGAGGGACUGAUUGAAAUAAGAAAAAGCCUCUACACGCUUCUGAAUUCAUGCAUAUCGCCGAGAACUAUCCUUAUUGAGCUUCUGCGCAACCUCAUUCUCGGAGAGGAUUUCAAGAUGUUUCUUUCGCUUUCGCGUAGCGCCUUGAAGUAUGAGGAGAGAAUAAGAUUUGGAAUGAAAAGCAUAUAUCAUUUGGAAGGAUUUAUCACAUCGUCGAUGUGUGCGUUCAGCGAGAAGAAAUACAGCUAA